GAUCAUCCGUGGGGACGUCAAGGGGGGUGCUUACAGUGGUCAGUGUUAAGGAUCACUUUGGGAUGACUGGAUUGAUGCUGUUUGGCCCACAGCUCUGGCAGAUGGACUCAUCUGGGUGAUCCCGAGUACCUGUGACAGCUGAGGCUCAGAAGCUUGAUGCUGGGAUGCUGGGUUAAAAAAAUCUGGUACGUGUUGAUUUCUAUUCCUUCUGUACAGUGAAUUACUGAGCUAUAGUUCUGUCACCGUCCACUAGAGGGCCUCAGAUUUCCACAUCAAUUUUAAUCCAAUAACCUGUUGAUCUACCUGGAGGAUGUGUUGAGUCCCUUGUAAAUGCACCUUAAACUUGGCUGAAAUGGAAACAGAAGAGUUUUGAAACCCUUUGUAAUGACACAUGGCUGAACUUUAGCACUGCAGCAUUUUGGGGACUUUGAGAAUUUAGUAUUUCAGAGAUGAAUGGAGUCGGUGGGAUGUGGACAACAUGCCACUUUUUGUUUAUAUUUUAUCGUGUGUCUUUGGUGGUGGACAUUAGUAUGAUUGAAAGUCACUUUUAUGAUAUUUUUUUCUCUUUCUCCUUCUUACUUUUCUUUCUGCUUUAGACCACAAAAUGACACAACAUGAAACGAUACAACGUGUGACGAUAUGAGAUACUUUAUUUUCCCCUUAGCAAGUUUCUCAUUGACUCAAGUGUUGCAUUUUCUCAACUGCAUUCACAAUUGCACCGAUAAAUGAAUGAAUAAAAAAGGAGCAUGAAAAUCCAACAGUGCAAACCUCUGUGCAAACACAGAACAUAUACCAAGAAAUAGCCAUUGUCAACUAUGUCCAAUACAGAGAAAUAAAAUGAAUCUCAAGUCUCUCUGAACUGGAGGGACUCUUCUAAGUGGUUUUACAUCUGACACGUGUACCAAAUGUUAAAUCUCUGUUCUUUAAAGACUUCCCUUAUCAUAAUGAACAUACUUUGCAUGCAGUGUGCAAACAAUUGGGACAUGAUGCUUCAAACACCAUUGGCUUUGCACUUUGACCCUUUUGUUUAGACACCUGUCAGAGUCAGAAUAUGGACACUGUGUAAAUGAUAGACUUGCAGAUGAUUUCUCUGAGGGCUGCAGAAACAGCUAAAAGAGCUUGCAGGCUCACAUUUACAAACAUUAAGCUUGAUUUGGAGUGAUGAAUUGAACUUCUUGUGUUCCUCCAGGUCCCCUCCUGUCUUUGCUCCAUGGUCAAGUUCUGAUUCUCAUGUGUCCACUAUAAACUAUACAUAUUCUAUAUACAGUCUAUGGCCCCUACCUGGGACUGACUGUUGAGGGAUGAUCCCCUAACUCUGGUGGGCGGAGCUAUCUCUUUGUAAACGUCUGCUAGCAACUUCGUGGGCACAGUGUGGUUUUAGUUAAAAUAUGGAGUUUCUAUCAAACUUUUCGUCUUCCAACGCACACCAGUCUUAUGAUUUAACCUGUCACCGAAGUAAGUGAAUCUAUCUUGAUAACACAGUGGAACAAAAACGGGUUUAAAGGCUGUCUGUCCGCAGAGACAACGCCACUGAAUAAACCCUCCUCUACACGGGUCAUCUGGGACAAUUUUUAGCUGAUCAGAAACCCCCCCAAAAACCUAGUGAAUAUUUACAGGAGCAGGUUAGUGAUUAACAGUCCUCUUCAGGUGCAAACAGCUGCACAGAGUCCCAGCACACAGACAACGAGCUGCUCGGUCUCUCUGUCCGCCUCAUUAUGCUCUGCGCCCGGGUAUGGAGAGCUCUGAGCCCCCUGGGCAGAGGAGCUCACCUGUCUGCAUGGAGACAAACUCUCAACUACUCGUCUGCAGCCAGAUUGGACCUCAGCGGGAUCUACCCGCCUAUCGGCACCCCGUUUACCGACAAAGAGGACGUGGACUAUCAGAAACUGGAGGAAAACCUGCAGAAGUAUGCACAGAUACCGUUUAAAGGUCAGAGCUGAGAUACAUGAACAACUUAAUUCUCACAAGGUCUCAAAGCUGAAUGUUAAAUGCAGAGGGAUCCAAUUAGUGUAUAUGAAGAUAAUUCAAGUUCAACUUUACUGUGUCAUCCGAGACAGAAUAAAUAUGCGUGAGUUUGUGGAAAGUGGGAAAACUUUUAAUAAAGUGAUGUUUUGCGUGUAGCUUUGGUGGAACCCGUGAUAGAACUUUGAAUUCUUUUCUGACAUGCGAAACCUGCUGGUUGUCAGUCAAUAACCAGCCUUAAGUAUUUGCUCAGUUAGGGACUUCAGAGGCAGGACAAAGUCCAGCGGGAGGGAGAAACGAAAAAUCCUCUUUGUUUUGCAGGUGUUUGUUGCCCUCUAGUGGUUUUUCAAAGGUAUCACAGAUGUGUUUUUUUCCAGGAAUCAGACAGGACUGACUGCUUGUGGUGCUGUUUGUUAUGAGUAUGGGAGAGUGGGGAAAGAUGAGCCCUUUUUUUAUAUUUCAGAGCACUACAUCAAGGCAAUCAUAAUUUUGUCUCUAACUCGUGUAUCUGUAUAUAUUUCAAGAUGGUGUGCAUCCCUGCAAACCAACAGAAUGAGUGUAAACAUAACUGUCUUGAUAAUAUAGCAUGACAAAAAAAGUGGUCUCCUAUGGUCAACUUACCCCGUGUAUGGGGUAAGUUGACCAUAGGAGCGGGGUAAGUUGAGCCGUAUCCCUACCAUCCCCUCACUCUCCACCCCAGUCCUCCUGCACCUUCUCUCUCCCUAAAUAACAGUCACUUCUUUACAUUCAUGUGUGUUUUUAUCUAUUACACCAGAACUAGUAUUAUGACUUUAUUAGUCCUCUAAACUAAAAUGGUGGACUUUUAUGUUAGGUUUUUGACCUCAUGUUGUCGCUCGUAGAUACCACAACUGAUUUAAAAUGAUCUUUUUUGGUCUGAACACAAUUCUAAUAAAACUUAUGACAGACUAACUUCACUUUAAGAGUAAUAAAAAGUUUUUUUGGGAAAUAAAUAUCUCACCCCUUCACCCAUGUACUUCUAACCUACACAGACUCCAUGAAUUGAUGGCCAUCUCCUAAAUAUUUGGUCACAUGAUCAAUUUCUUUUACCAUUUCCAAGCAACAGGGGGUGGCACAACUUACCCCACUCUCCCCUACUUGCAGACUACAUCUUAAACUAAACAUGAUUGAAAGUUUUUAUUCUUUAUUUUUGGUUAUUUUCUGCAGCCUGGCAGAUACAAAUAAACAUUACAAAAUACAAUACAAACAAACACGUUAAAAACAGGGCAAACCCAAAUUGACACACAAAUAAAAAGUAUCAUUAUUCCAGGGUCAAGGAUUGUUUUUAGGUUUUGUUCUGUAAAAGAAGAGUUUUAGCUGCUUAAUUAACAUUUACUCUUUUAUUUUUAACUUUUUACAACUUUGUGUUUUGUGUUGCAGGUCUGGUGGUUCAGGGCUCCAAUGGCGAGUACCCGUACCUGACUGAAGAGGAGCGGGUGGAGGUGGUGAGGACAGUAAGAAGAUCUCUACCUGCAGGCAAGCUGCUGAUGGCCGGAUCUGGAUGUGAAUGUACGUCUCUAAUACACGUGGAAAUCCUACAUCCUGGUCAUUGAAAUCUAACACUGAAGGUCACUCUGUGUACCAGUGGGGGCUUUGCACUCAGCCGGCUGCAAACCUUUAGCAUGCUGCUUGGCUAACCGGGGAGAAUCCUAACAGCAGAGAUUUUGGAUUUAGCAAAGGUCAAGUUAGCAAGUUACAUUGGAGAGGAAAAAAACUUCCUUUAACAGGCAGAAACCUCGGGCAGAACCAGGCUCAUGUUAGACAGUCAUCUGUUGAAACUGAGCUGGGUUUAGAGAGGGAAUAGAGGGAGCUGCAGACAAAGGUGAGACUGAUGCAUGUACUUUGUAAAAGUCUACUUUCCUGCGUUGAGCUUAUAUAGACUCUAUGUUUCCAAUCUAGACUUUAGUGACCUUCAUUUUCAGCUCAUCAGGAUGGUCGGCUGAUGUCAUUAGUUUGUAUGGCUUUAUAAUUGAAGUCAAAUAGAGUCUGUAACAACUGUAAGGGCCGCUCACUUCUAUAGGACAUAAUGAAGGGAGAGGCGAAGCAUUAAUAACCUCUUCCUCCUUUCAGAGAAGAGAGAAAAAGCUACUGCACUCUUUCCUUCAUCAAUAAUUACUCACGUUUAUUCAAUGAAUAUUCAGGGGAACAUAUGCAUUUUUAUUCCAGAGAUAAUCUGAGUCCUGUUUGGCCUUUAAUCCCUUAAGUGCUGCUGAUGGAAGAACUUAAUCCAAGGUCUGUUUUCACUGAUGUUCACACUUUCCAUCUUUUCUCCUCUUUGCUGUAGGUGCACAGUGAAUAAUGGUAGCCAAGGUUGUUGUAUUUAGUAUCUUCAGUCGGAGGAGGAGGAGGAAGACGUAGUCGAUAGGGUAUAAAUGGAGGCCUUGAAAAUGAGGGCACACAUGCUUUAUGAGAACAUACAAGCUUCAGUAUACUAUAGAAACACAUUGAAGGGAGAGAACAAACAGAUACAGGCAGUGCAGAAUGAGACGCAUGAAUCCUCCUGCCGCCCUGAGCUUCUCUGUGAUUUCUGUCUCCAGUCUUUUAGCUCUUUUCUUGAUAGAAAAAAAAAGGUUUGUUGUGGAAUGAAAAAAGGUUCAAAUGAAAAUGUGUCAGGUUUUAAAAGUUUCACACUUUCUUUUGUCUGCUCAGCCACCAGAGCCACCGUCCAGCUCACGGAGAAGAUGGCUGCAGCAGGAGCAGAUGCUGUGUUGGUGGUGACGCCCUGCUUCUAUAAGGGGAAGAUGGACAGCCGCGCUCUGAUCCAGCACUUCACAAAGGUCUGACACACACUUCAGUGAACAGCUUUUCCCCUUUUUUCUUAUUUCUUCAUAAUUUUAUUUGACAGGAAUAACACAUGGGAGCAUUAUUACAUCUAAUUACAGUGCAACCGAUGCAACGUAUACAGGACUUUGAGCCUCUGCUGAUUUGCAGCUGCAGUGAUGCAGUGAGAAGGUUGUUAGAGACCAAUUUAACUGAAGAAAGCAAACCCAGUGGUACAAGAAAAAUGAUAAAAUUGUGGGUGAACCAAAAAAUUGUGGUCCAAACUGCCAAAAGUGACGUCAAAGGUAAAUGAUAAGUUGUCAGUUAAUGACUUUGCAGCGAACUUGCUCUAAAGUCAAAGGUACACCCGAAGAAGAGCAGGCGGCUACAUGGAUGGAUUUGUUUCAUAUUUUGAGAGUUUGUGAGGAGGAUUAGAGGAAGAGGGCUUGAAAAUAGAACAAGAGCUGUCAUAGAUGUGUUAUUCUGUGUCUUCCCUCUUCAGGUGGCAGACUGCAGCCCAGUGCCAGUGGUUCUGUACAGCGUGCCGGCUAACACGGGCCUGGAGCUGCCGCUGGACGCCACUGUGGAGCUCGCUCAGCAUCCAAACAUCUUCGGCUUGAAAGACAGCGGAGGAGACGUAAGAAACACCUUCACUCCUAACUGGGUGAUUUUCAAUGAUGAUUUUGGCUUUCUGCCAUCAUGACAGCAACACAAUCCACAUUACAUGAUUACUGAACCACCUGCCCUGUUUGGGCUCGCUCCUCCUGAACAGCAAAGAGUGCUGCCCUUCCCCUCAGACUUAAUCGUCAUUGGCUCAGAACGAUGAGAAGCAAAGUUCAGGAGUGAGAAGAAGUUUGGUCAUCGAGGACUGCUGUAUCUCCAGAGUGUCAGGCUACAGCAGGACAGUUGUUCAGGCAGUCGCAGGUGGAGAGAGGAGAGCAGGGAGAGGAGAGUAGGAAAAGACGGAGGCAUUGGAAAAAUUGUUUGUGAGUGGCUUUAGUCCUCAUCCUAAUGAAAUACAAACCUUUGUCUUGGUGUUAUGAAGAUAAAGACUUGUGACUGUUGUUGAUCUCCUUUCCUGCGAGACUUUGCGCCUGCCAACAGCGCCAAAACUAUGACCAAAUAGUUGACUGAGUCUGAUAGUUCUCUGCUUGAUUGGCCAACCUCCUAAGCUUAACCUCAGGAGGAUACUUUGAGUAAUUUAGUAGAAUUUUCUGAUAUUUUGAGAUGCUAGAUUUUUUUAAUUUAAUCAACUUUAGGCCAACAAAUCUAAAAUUAAACAUAAAGAGCUUGUGUUUUUUAAUUUCUCUAAAUCUGAUAAUCACGUGAGACCAAACAAACACGUGAUUCAUAUUGUAAAAUGUUGAUUAAAUUUUAACGCAACAACAAUUACUGUAGUUACUUUACCAUUUAGGGGAAGUUUCUUGUGCAUUCUAUCAAAAUAAAAGCAUUUUUUACCAAAAAAGGAGGGAAUGUAACUGAGGUAUUAGGCAGGGUAACAUCAGUUUUUAAAGGCCGCCUCUCCUCUCCUUUGAAGCUUGAUUGUGAACCGUGUUAUUUAAACUCUGAAAAUAUUAAAUCCCUACCAGCCUUUGUUUCCAGAUGUAAACUUGAUAGAGGGAUUGCAAGACAUCCAUCAUGGUGUGGCAGUAAUGUUAGGGUCUUGGAAAGCUGCAUAUUUAUAAGAAAAAGCAAUGCAAGUGGUUUGUUUGUAUGUGCAGCUGACAUUAUGGAAAGUAGCUGUUGAGAAGAGAGUGAGCAGCCUAAAACUAAAGUAUAUAUAUACAGUAAGCGUGUGUGUGCGUGUGUGUGUGUUUUCCUCCUGCAGGGUUGUAGACAGGGUUAGUUACUUGAAAAAAAAAGCGAACAUUUUGCUCUUGUCGAACUCUUAAAACCUUCUCGUCUGUGGGCGAGGUGUUUGCAAGAAGUUGCAAAUGGAUUUCUGUUUAGGAAGUAACAUGUUUGUCCACUCGCUGGGAGACAGGAGCGUGGGAGGAGUUCAAGCACAGAGCAGCCCGGCUCAAAUGUAGGCGUGAAGAGGCCAAACACAGAAAACAAAGGGUGAAGGGUCAAUUUGAGGAAGGCAGACAAGUUGGAGAAAGAACAGGGGAGGGAGAAACACAGCAGUCACAUCCUGCUAUUUUGCAGUCAUCUUACACUUAAAGCCCGGGUGGUGGUAGUUGGAACUGAGUCUUGCUCAAUUUGAAAGUAGAUGUGAAAAGGGUUUGCAGAAGCUGAAGGACAUGUAACCAGACUGUAAAUCUGCAUGUUGAGAAGAGAAGAGAAUGGAGAGGAUUGCAGACCAAGUUUAAAUUGUCUAACACCGGCCUGAAACCCUCGCUGACAGAUCCAGAAUUACAUCAAACUGGUUCUUGGAAAGCUUUAUUGAGUCUUUUUUUAUCAUUCCUGCUUUUUUUCUGAUGGAAUGAAAUCCAGGUACCCUUUCCCUGUGGACAAUUGUUCAUGUUACUUGAUCGAGUGUGACAGUUUGAGGCAGGCCAUGUUUUAUAAGUGGCUCUAAGCUGAUCAAUGCUAAGUGGAGCUAACGACAUAAAACAAACAGCCCUAGAGACAAAGCUGAUAUUUAAAAAAUCACUAAUAUACAGACACAGCUCAAAAAUAAAAGGGGGGGGGGGGGGGGCAUACAGCAGCUUGCCCACUGAGCAAUAGACGGCUCUUCGAUGUCUAGUUUUGUGUUUUUUUUUUAGACCUAAUUUCCAAAAUUCUGUAUUUUUCAGAUGGAAUUUAGACGUUGCAUUUUAACCCAUUAUUCAACAAGUAUUUAUUUAUAACUGUGAGUUGCAAAACUGAUCUCCAAGUACGUCACCAAAAUUAUAAGGAUAGCUGUUGAGCAAUAUACAGUGUAGUAUAGAUGUAGCCCAGAUUUAGACUUGGUCUAAACUUGGUCUAAAUUUAGACAUCUAAAAAAUGUUCAUUUUUAGACCUGUGGCAGCCUGAUUUUAGACCAGUCAUCUAGGCUACAUUUAGACGUCUAUUAGACCUCUUUUAGACCAAAAAAUGCUCAGUGGCUUGAAUCAGACCUGGUACUUGAAUAACUGAGAAAUAGUGAAAGGUGCUGAUGAAACUGACUCUGACAUACAUUGAAAUUAGUUUUAUGAAUGAAUCAGUACAGAAACUCAAAUCAUUCAUAUUUCGUGUGUUUGCUUUUUCAGUGUUUCUUGACCCACAGCUCUUUUGUUUAGAGGAUGUAAAACCUGACCUCAAGUUCAAAGCUGAUCGUUCCUGGGUAUCGGUUCUCAAAGCUGCAAAUGUCCUUUUCUAAGCUGAACUGGUAGUCUGAAACAUGCUGAAAUGUUCUUGUCUGGUCUCCUCUGAACCAUGCUUUCUUUUGUCUGUGUUUCUGCUUAUCUUCUACUGAUGUUUGGGUGCAGCCUGAGACAACUGCAUCGUCUCACGUCUGAUCUCUUUGUAAGACAAAGAGAAACAGUUCUAGUAGUUUUACUCUGCUCCGCUGAACAACUUUCUGGUCCUGAAGUUUAGAGGUGUGCUGUAUUAACAGCUCUCUCCUCAGGGAUCAUUAAAGUUUCAUCUCAUCUCACCUAAUCUGCACCAAUCUGAUUCCUCCUCCCACACUGCUGCGCACACAUCCGGCUUUUUAUCACUCCAUUUUUUUUUUUUUUACUUUGCGCCUCAGAGGUGUCACUGCCUCCUCAGCAUGCCGACUACAUUCAAACUGUCUCUUCAAUCCAAACAAUUAACAUCUCUUAAAAUGAAAUAAUUAAAAUGCCUACUACCAAGAGAGCCCGCAUACAUUUAUAUUUCUGCCUCUGUGGCUCACGCCAGAAAAAUAGCACUUAAUUGUGACAUGACAAGAGUCACACUAACACUGCUAUUUUUCCCAUCAACUGUUAGAAAAACUUAGCGGCGAUUAACCUGACAGGCUUAAUGAAGUUUAAGGCUCCGUGUUCACAGACUCCUCUGUCAGACUAAUUGCAAAUCUUUCAACUUUCAUUAUUUUAAAAUUCAGCUUUUCCACAGCCAGGGAUGAUCUGCAUUUGAUUUCCUCGAAAUAGGUGCACCUUCACACAACAUAAUAUCAAAAACUAUUUAAUAAUGUUAUUGCUGUUUCACUGCAGUAAGUCAUAAACCUGUGUCAAAAGUGUUAAAGCCUCUGUACGUAAAUCCAGAUCCACAAGGUUCUCUCUACUCUGUAAUUAAGAAUGAACAGGAGGUAGAUAUGUCCUAAUGAACGGAAGGUUUAAUUUAUUUUCUCAGUCAUUUUCAUAUGUAAGAAAAUCAAUUCAGUGCCAAAGUGAACACAGUUUCUGCACAUCAGGGUGUCUUGUCUUAUCAAAGAGAAGUUUUCAAGAGCAAAAUAGCAAAAACAUUAAGAAGAAAUGUGGGUUCUGUGAGUUUAAUGGAAAGUUCUUUGGUUCACUUCAUUUUAAAGAAGCUUUCCCAUCAUUUGGAAGUAGUGCUUGAUACGGGAAUGUACUGGUUUUUGGAUGAAGCCAAACAUCCAGUUAUCCUCUGGGGAUACUGAUCCAAACACUGUAAUGAACUCCAGCUCAAGUCUUGUACUGACCCAACAACCAAAACAACCAAACCAGCAUCCUAAAAGCCUUGGAUGAGGUCUGCCCUGUGCUGAAUUAUCAAAGGAAGUCUGCACGUCCGCGCACAGCUGAUACCUGUAUGCAUAUCUGAAGCACAUGCUGCUUUCAUCGCCUCAUUAUUUUAUUACUGAAUUCAGAUGAUUUUGCCCUGAGGCCAGAAGAGGAGACCAGGGUGGGGGUGAAUAAGACUGGAUCUGCAGAGAAAGGUCAGGUUUCUCUUUGCUCUAAAGUUGCGCACUGCGGGCUAACGACAGUCAAGAGUCUGAAAAAUAAAAGCUAAUGAGUGUUUGUCUGUCACCGGGGCAGACAGAGCUCUCUGUGCGUUGUUAUUUUCCCACUGGGGAGUUGUAUCAAAAUAGCACUGGAGCUUUCAGGAGAGCAGCAGGAGCUCUUGAAACCUGAUUGAGUGAUUAGUUACAGUCCUGCGUGUUUGAAAUGACUGAUACAAGGAAACUGAUUGACACUCAGGCGGUUAAAAAUAGACCCUUCCCGGUAACAACGGCGGAGACACAAACUGAAGGCUGCAGGUGUGUUUCCCUGUGGAGUUUCAGCCGCUUGGUCAUCUCCGCUCCCUUUGAACAUUUCAGGUUUAUUUCGGAUUCGGUGCUUCAUAUCCUGAUUGACAAAAGAGAAUUAAAAGAGGCAAAAAAAAAAAAAAAAAAAUAGGAAGCUCAUUAAUUAUUCAUUAGCUUUCCCAUCCUCCUUCCCCUCUCCUCCCCCUCCUCCUCUUUUGAAGCUUAUUCCUUUUUCAUUCCUCACAUGGGACUUGUCUUUUCUCUCUCUCUCUCUCUCUACUUCUCCUCCUCUUUUUUCCUCCUUCCUGUUUUGGAUCUUGAACGUCCAACCUCCCCCCACCCUUUCCCAAAAACCUUCGCCAUGUGAAGAGGCGAUGCUCGUCUUGAUUUGAGCGAUUUGUUUACAUUGUGAGAUGUUGGCUCUGUCUUCUUAUUUCUCCUGUGACGGCCUCUCAUGGGAUUAAAAAAAAUAAAAAAACACACUCUAGUUAUUAGUCCUGAUAGCAGAGAGGAGUGACGACCAUCCUGAUGUAUUUCUCUGCCUUUGUGUCUCUCUGUUCUUCAGAUCACACGGAUCGGCCUGAUUGUUCACAAAACUAAAACGCAGGAUUUCCAGGUGUUGGCCGGCUCAGCUGGGUUCCUUAUGGCUGCCUAUUGUGUUGGUAAGAGGCUCUAAAACUGACACUGACUGUGCCAGUCGCCCUUAUAACCUCUAACAGAUCCAACAGUUUCAUUUGAAACUCCAGAUGGACUUCUCUCUUUCUUCUGAUGUUUCUUUUUACCUUGUUUUCUGUCAUUUUGUGUCCUGCAGAAUUACAAGACAGGCCUGCAUAUUAUUCACAAAUUUCUAUUUCUGGAUGUUUUUUCUUCAAACCAUAAACCCUGUCUUCUCUCACAGUCAGUAUCUUUACAGGUUGUUUAAAAAAGUGAUAUAUUGCCUUAGUCUGACUGAAAAUUUGUAGAUAUUGCUAGAUAUUCAUGCCGAUGUUAAGCCCAGUUACCCCCUCCAACAAAUGUUAGUAAAGACCUGAUCAACUGUUAGUUUUGAAGAUAAUCUUGCUGGAUUAUCUUGUCGCGGGAGGUGUGCGAGGACAGAUUGUUCUUCUCCUGAUCUGCAUGGAAGACGAUCGAACCCUCGUAAAUAUGAAAACUGUAAAUAUUUAAUGUGAAAUAUUUAUGUUCAGAAAUUCUUACAUACUGGUGCCCUGAGAAUGGCUGAGCAUGUCCAUCAUCACAUGGUGCAACUGACUAGCCAAUCAUGAAGCGAGCUGACUAGAGAGGGAAGCUUAACAAAUGCAACCGUUGCAAAGACAGUAAACAUGAAGCACAAACUGGCUCGCUCAUGUUUUCAAAAUUAAGAUCAGAUCUUAAAAACUCCUCAGACUUUCACUGCGUACUGCUCCAUCUGGACUUCGGCGUAUUUUUCUGAGCCGUAGUUCAGUCGAGGUUUUUUUUUAGAGCUGCAUCUGAUACUUUAUUUGAAGUUUCAGUGAAUCAUAAAAAGCAUCUUGCCACUCAUAGUCAGCGGCGUUAUGAAGUGAUGACUUCUUCUCAUGUCAGCCACGAUCAGCCAGCCAGCAGGCCUGGAUUAGAUAACAUGAGCAGGGAUCAGGAUCAGUAUGAUGCUAAGGAAGCUAAUGAGUCAUGCUGCCUCCAAUGAAACACACACACACACACACACACACACACACACACACACACACACACACACACACACACACACACACACAGCUACAACCCUUUGAUCUUUGCUCCUUGACGUAUUCUCAUCUGCAUAACUGAAACAUGUGAUUGAUUGGUGGUGUGUGUGUGUGUGUGUGUGUGUGUGUGUGUGUGAGAGAGAGAGAGAGAGAGAGUGAGACAACCUGAGCAUGAUAACACUGAUGUUCUGAUGUGUGAAUGUGUCUCAGCUGUCAGUGUGUGUUUAAGUUUCGUUGUCCAAAUUCAUGAUUUUAUCAUCUUUAUGAAAUCAGUGCUGAAGAGGGGGCGGGGCUUUCACCUAUCAGUCAAAACAUGUGCUUGCAUGUGUGUCUUAUAUGGAUAGUGAAGCAUUUCAAACCUACCUUGCAGUGACUAACUUAUAUAAGUUCAGAUCUUCUUUUGUCUGUGACUCUGUCGACCUUAGCAAACGGGUCAGAGCUCUUCUGCACGAAUUGUCACAUGAGCCAAGGUUGUGAGCAGGCUGGACAGAUGUCAAUCAAAACCAAUUAGCCCCGCCCACAGUCUGCAAAAUGAUCCAAACAGCAUAAGUGACGUGUGUCAAACAGGUUUUUAAAAGCUGUGAGGUAUUUUUUUAAAAUCCAGAGUUACUUUCAACCCUUUAAGGUACAUUUUGUAGAACGUAGCUGCACUUUUUUUUUUUUUUUUUUGAAGAAGAAAUGGAGUGUGUUAUGCAGAAGUAUGUUCAAAUUACAAUAUUUAUCCACUCCUGUGCUGGGAAACAGAGUCAAAUGAAGCCAAUCUUCCCAUGCAUCAACCCGAGUCCUGAGCAGACAUUAACCGCUAACUCGCCAACUUGGAACAUGUGCAAUAAAUAUUAAACAGUCACCAUGAUGAUGUUUAUAUUUUCCAAAAGUUUUGCUUUUGCUGUCCACAAAACACACAAAAAUCCACCUUGGAAGGUGUUUUUGAAAACCUUCAUUUCAGUGACCAAAACCUCCAGUUUCGAUUAAACAAAAAUGAGACCUCAUAUUUUCUAAAAGGUCUCAGUGAAAAUGAAAGUUCCCCAAAGAUACCCACUGACUCUGUCAAAAUGAUAGAUAGAUCAAAAAAGAGGAGAUAGGAGCCAAACAUCAGGAAACACCAGAGUGAUGAUUGUUUCAGUGUGUCUGUUCUUAUUUAUUGUCAUUACGUACAUGUUAUAGGUUACUAUAAAGCCACAUCUGCUGGGAGUGACGGAGAAAAGACUUUUUUUUAGUGCUGUUGUUUCAAUGUUCAUUUCCAUUUAUAAAGCCAGAACAAGCAGAAGAGAGCCUUCUUGUAGGUCAGUGUGGUGCAGUUUUCAAUUGACUUCAUCCUGAUUGUAGAAAACUGUAACGUUGAUCAGUGAUCGGCUGAUCUUUCGCAUGGGACACAAUCCAGAAAAUAUCUGUGUCCAUCUCUUCACUAGUGCUUGUUAGAUUGGGAUUCAGGCUCGUCUCUAGUCGUGUACACAGACCCUUAAAGGUUCUUAAAGGGUUUAUAUGAUGAAGUAGAUAAUAAGUUCUGAGAAGAGAGGUUGGUUCUCUGUGAUAUUUGAUAUGUUAUUGUUUCACUUUGUACAUCAGUACAAAACAGUUUAUAUCUAUGCAGUAGAAUUCUUGAUAAGAAUAAGAAUAAUUUUAUCCCCAUUGAAGGGAAAUUCAUUGAUUGAUGGUUAAAGAAACUCUUAAAGCAUAGCUACUAUCAGACAUGAAGGUCUGUGGAUUAAUAGAAGAUAAAACAUAAUUAGCUAAAGGUCAAUUUCAGUUCUUUAUUUCCAGCUCAUGACUUAAGUACAACACGUACCUGUUAAUGCUCUUGUGCUGCUCAUCUGAACACUGACUUUAACUCCUUUGAGUCUAUAUUAGACCAGAACACUUGUUCUGACGUGAAUCUUGGCCUCCUGUUCCCUCUCUCUCUCCCGGACAUUUUGAAUCAGUUUCUCUCUCUAUUCACGAGCUGUCACUCUCAGUGCAGCGAGAAGGCGGGGCUGCUGGCCUGUCAAUCAUCAGCGUUAGGUAAGCUGCUCUCAGCUGUGUGGUGUGAGUGACGGCGGCCACAGAAGCAUAAAUCAGACAGAAUAAAAAAAUCCUCCCAUCAGCUGCCGCCGGCUCGUCUCUCCCAAACAACAACAACAACUCCAAGGCCACGGACGGAGGCUGGCUCUCUGCUUCUCUCCUCCACCAGCAGACACAGACAAUGAGGUGUCACGCUGAGAGGCCAUGGUAUCUUGUUGCCUGGGAAAAUAUACGUGUAUCUGGCUCUGUAAAUAAAAAAAGAGACAUCAUAAAAACCCUUGCUGCCUGCUGAUCUGUCAGCGGAGGAAAAGAGCGAGACAAAAGGCUUGGCUUGUAUCGGAAAAACGGUGACAGUUAAUCAUUUCUGUCUGUGUUUUGACACCUUAAAUGUAAAACCUGAGCAGUGAUGGAUGGAUUUCUAUAAGAGGAAUAUAUGUCCAGGCAGAAAAUAUACGUCAGUCCUCAGUGCUUCUGUUUUAUCCUCGGCUGUUUGAACUCUGAAUCCUGUCCAUUUGAAACCUGAAGGAUCACCUGCUUCUCUGCUGUUGAUGAAAUCCUCCGACCUCUCGGGCAACUUGAGUGAUCUUGUACUUCGCAGUGCUGCAUGCUAAUGCAUGAGCGCGCUGUGCAUGAUUGGUAAGAAUAUUCUAAACACACCGAGUGCCGAGUUGAGUGAUUAUACACACUGAGCUGCUUUAAUGUGACUCUGCAGGUCACCUCUUUACACAUGUCACUGACAUGAAUAAGAGAGAAAACCGGAGAGAGCUGGACCAUGAGCUACCUGCUAAACUGAAGCUGUCUGUUUGGAUAAAGGUGGUACUGUAAAGCAGCUUCAAGUCUCUACAGCUCAUUUCUUUUUAAGUGGAAACUCAACAGGGGUUUAAAUCUUAAGACCACUCCUCAAUUUUGAUUGGAUUUCAUCUAACAACUGCAAAUGUCAAUUAAAGUGGAAAUACCUCCAGCUCGCUCACUAUUGACAAAAAUUGUAAAAAAAUCUAGACAUCUUUGAUCCAGUAGUUUACAGUAGUUUUAUCAUUGGCUUGCAAACAAUAAAGAAAUUGAUAGUCUAAGUGGGCUGACAUUAGCAACUCACUAGCUUUUCUGUCUGCACUCUCAGUAGAUGUCUGGUAAAGUUUGAGUUUGUCUGUUUCUAAUGUUGAUCUGCUCUUUCUUUCAUUGUAACAAGAAACAAAAAUAUUGCUCCUCCAUAUGCGUCGUGGUGGAGACUUUAGCUGAGCAAGAAUGCACAUGUAUGGUGGCUCUGAAGGUCAUUUCAUGACACCAAAAACAUUUUAUUAAAUGUAAAAAUAUUCCAUUAAAUAUGUGAAUAUUUCUCAAAAAAGUUCAAUAAAACCCCCAAAUUACGACGGAGUAUUAGGGCCUCAUUAAGAAGAUAAAAAUUUAGACUUUGAGAUUAAAGUUGUUAAUUUUUGAGAAUAAAGUCAUUACUAACAAGAAAAAAUUCGUGGUAAAAUCAUUAUGAUAUUUAUGAUAAUAUGGUGCUGAUGUGCCAAAAGAUCCUUGUUUGAGAAACCUAUAUUGAGAUCAUUUUCAUGAAAUGCUCCAUGACUCUUAUUUCAACAACAGUCAUCUUAAACAACAGGUUAGAAGGACUUUAUUCUGACUUUACUCUCGUAAGUGAUUACUUUACGACUUUAUUCUUGUAAGUAAUGAUUUGAUUACGACUUUAUUCUUGUAAUUAAUUACUUAAUUACUCUUUAUUCUCAUUAGUUAUGACUUUAUUCUCAUAUCUAAUCUCAGUCUUAAUAUAUAUUUUUUCUUAAUGUGGCCCUAAUACUCCGUCAUACCAAAUGCUUAAUAAAAUUCCAAAAUAUUUCAUUACUGUGUAAAUAUUUCUUAAACCCUCUGUGAGCAAUUGACCAAGUGCUCGGGAGUUCAGAACAUGAAUGUUGAGUCUCUGCAAAAAUAAUGCUAACCCCCAUAGCACACGUUUCAGGAUUCUAAUGCAGAGCAACAUUACCUUCCCAUAAACACAUCAUGGAGCUAAAGGAGUUUCAUUGAGCAGAUUUUUGUAUCUUGUGCUUCCAAACAGCUACUAAAUUGUAAAACAGGAGAAAUAAUAAAGCAGGAGAAACUUGCUGCCCUUCGUCCAGGUCUAGCUAGAAUAGUAAGCUAGCAACCCUCUGCAUGCAACACAAUCCUGCUACAACAAGCACUCUGCUGCCACCUAUCAUCCAAAGUGAUAUACAUGUAAGAAACAACGCUUUGGAGAACUAAGUUAAAUGCAUUUAACUAAUAGACUAUUUGUGCUGGUGACAAAAUACAGUACAUGCUAACAUUUAAUCAACCAAAAAUUGUGACCACAUAUUUUAUGGGCUUCACAAAGGCAUUUAAACCAGCCAUCUUUAUUAUCCUUGAAGUCUGACUGGAUUUACUGUUCGAGCUCUAGUCCAAGACCUUAGUUCUGGAGUCUACAUUAGGUCCAAAGUCCUGGAAAGCAGGACUUGAGUCAAGUUUUCUGGAGUCAGAUUAUCAGGGACAUUUAUAAGGUGUUUUGGUGUAAUAGCUGUUUGACGGAUAGUUAGGCUAUGACUCAAACUCUGCCUCCCUGCCUACUCGGGGUCAGCGUUUCCAACAUGGUGGCUGUGGUCUUUAUGUCACUUCCUCAGAAAUCAGCGGCUGACCUCACUAAGACUCCAUUCUUACUGUCUGUUGUUAAACUUCAUCUUAAAGCUUUAAGGUGCUUGUCUGUUUCCUCUUUGACCUGAAGCCUUUGAGUUUUGUUUAACCCUUUGUUGGAAUCUUUCUUCCUUGUCACACCCACUUAGCUUGGAGUGAAUCACCCCACACUUGUUUGGUUUCCCACAAAAUGUCUGCUCUCAUUCACCUGAACACCUUUAACUUAAUCUUAAGAAAAACAGACAAAGGAUGAGGAGGCACCGGAGGUCAAGAACAUACUUGAUUAUGUAAAACAGACUCAAAGGAGGCAGUAAAAAAAGGAAAAUUCCUUUUACUGAGUUCUUGGUCUUUGUGUUAAGGUGCAGUCGGGGGAGUGUGUGCACUGGCUAACAUUCUCGGCCGGGAGCUGUGUGAGUUGGAGCGUCUGUGUGUGUCUGGUCAUUGGGAGGAAGCCAGAGUCCUGCAGCAGCGCCUCAUCGAGCCCAACGCCACCGUGAGUACCAUCUGCUGCACGGCAGACGCUUUUAUCCACCACCCAACAAGCAGUCCUCCGAGACCAAAUACCGCAAAUAGUGACAGCUUUAGUCACAUUUUCUCUGAACUGCUUUCGUAUUGAAAAUAAUACCAGCGUGAGCGUUAAACCCCAGUGGGUACACACAAACUGCAGCACUCUCUGGUUUAAACUGCAGUUUUGUAGACCUGCAGGAUUCUCUCCAGUCUUAGUGUCUAGAGAUAUGUGUUUAUCGGCUGCUAAGAGGACAUGAAACCAAACUAUCAGAUAUAUCUGCCUCUGAACAGUAUAUAUAUGAAGUCUAGUCAGUCCAAACACAUGACAACUUUCUUUAACAUGCAUAUUAUCUUCUCAGUCUAUUUAUUGCUCUAAAUGAAAAGUCCUUUGAAGUGUUUUGAAGUACUACAAACUAAUAAACAAAAUGAGGAAUCCCCAGGUCAGUUUGUGAUCAUCAAAGCAAGAAUAGAGACCAAAACCUGCAGUACCUCAAGAGGCCACUGGAGUGUGGCUCCAACACUGAGUCAAUUCCCAUUAGUUCCCAUAUUUAUAUCUUGAGAAUAAGACAUAGGUAUAUUUUGGAGUAUAUAUUAAAAAGGCCGCACUAAAUGACCUGCCUUUUUAUUUAUAUCCUCUUCUGAGCCCCAAAAGGUUUUACCCACUUGUCUCUAUCAAAGUUACCUGAAACUACAAGCUAUAUUAGCAAAAAUAUUUUGAAACAGUUUAAAGGUUAUUUGAUCAGUGAAAAAUCUUAGGAUGCUGUAAAGUAAGUUAUUAAAACAUAGUUUAAAUGUUUUCUUCUAAUGUUCAGCGGUUCGUCAUUGUGUUGCUGAAAUAUGAAGGUGUUUGUCAGGAUAGAAGAAGAAGUAGUAGAAGAAGAAGAUUUACUGUUGAUUUGUCUUUCCUCUUGUUUGCUCUUUAUGUAAAACUUGUUGCUGCUGUUUUGGUUUGGACAUUUUUGCUAAAAAGAUUUAUUUUUUUUAAUCUAGAUGGGGAAUUCCUGAAAAAUAGAUUUUCAUGCAGAAACAGCAUGGACAAGUGACACUUAGGGAUGUUUACUUUGCACACUGGUUAUUUAAGGUUUUUCAAACUGAUCUCUAAAAUAUUGUAUCAACAAGUGGUUUAAAAUGCUAGCUUCUGAGCCUGAGUUGGAUGUUGGGAUUUCUCAGAACAAUUAGCUUCUGGCCAUAAAUGUGUCUUUUCAGGUGUGUGAAAUGUCAGUGCCCUUAAGAAAGCCACCAAAACAAGACUUCACCCCAGUAACAGCGACAUGAAAAAUCUGGAAGCUCCAACAAAGACAGUUAUUAUCCAACAGUGACUUGUGUUAUUGUAAGAGUCAUCUCUUAAAGCUGUUGGGGGUAAGGGGAUGUGUGGAGACUGAUUAGUGCUCUUUGUUGCUAGGUGACUAGGAAGUUGGGAGUCCCCGCCCUGAAGCAGGCAAUGGAGUGGUUUGGUUUCCACGGUGGCGCCUGUCGAUCACCUCUUCAGCCACUUACAGAGGCCGAGACUCAGCAGCUGAGAAGAGACUUCUCCUCCAAUGGCUGGCUGUGAGUGUGUGUGUGUGUGUGUGUGUGUGUGUGUGUGUGUGUGUGUGUGUGUGUGUGUGUGUGUGUGUGUGUGUGUGUCUGAGACUGUAUCAAAAGACUGACGCCAUGACAGCUUCCUAAAAGUUAAAGUGUUCUCAGUGACCUUUAAACUGUGAUUAUGAACUUUUUACCAAAAAUCAUGUUACCUGUGUCAUUUUCAAGGGCUUUUCUUCUGCAGAGCUCCAGUAGCUCAUUAGCAAUUCACCUCUUAGUCGUGGGCGGAGACAGCGCUGCUCUGCACACUCCCCUUUACACUCCUCUUCACGCUAGCUUGCAGCCUAACAUUGCCAGUGCAGUAGAAAUAGCAGGUAACAUAGGAGCUAUUCAGCUCUCAGACACUAAUGUCUCUGCUGAUUUGAUGAAAGUUAAUAUCAUAAUCAGCUUUCUUACGAGCAUUAUAAUCAGCUAACGCACAUACUUGUUCCACAAUCGUCCUCUCUAUUUCUCUGAGUCUGGCCUGCAUAGUGGGGCUCCAGGGGCAGAGCUUGCCGUUGUGAUGUAGGAAAUCUCACUGUUUCUGAACCUGCUGUUUGGGUCUGCCAGAGAUUCACCGAGAUUAGAAUGAAGAAAUACUCAGAAAUGCAAUUUCACACUUAUUUUUCUCAUGGUAUGUCCUGUAGCAUCAGAGAAAUGCCAUAUGAACAUGUAGACAACAAGAACAGAAUGAUUUUCAGCGGAACUAAUUGAAGACGAUUAUAUUGAUUUGAAAAUAGUCUCUCUGAUUCCAUGGUCGGUAGGGCUCCCAUGGCAACAAACGUCAACUCAGCGCCAGUACCAACACCCACUUCUACUUCACCUAUUAAUUUGAAGAACAGUUAUCACAUGUGGACCUCUGAGCUGUUGGAUCAGAUUGCAUUAGAUCACUCAGGUGUUCAUGAUGUUAUGGCUGCUUGGCGUGAGUGUGAUGGGAAAAUGGUAUCUCCUCCUGCAGCUCUUUGUGCACAAAGCAGAGGAGGCCAUUCCUUGUAUACAGUCAGUGAUGUCCGCCUGUGUUUGUGUCUGAAUGUAGGUCUACAUGAUAAAUUCAUCCUUUCUUUGCAAUCAGCUGAAUGCAGAGCAACAAUCAGGUGCAAUAUCCUAAACAUGGACAGGAACAGCUAGUUAGUUUGAAAAGUUUUACUCUCUGUAUUUUCUUUUAAAGAAGUGAGGAAAUACUUCAAUGAUUUUCAAGUUUACUGUAUAAUGAGAGCUUGGGUCACAAAACAUACAGAUGAUUUAUGACUGAUUUCAAAUAAAUUUUUUAAAUAAAGUUUGUGAAAAGACAUAUUGAAGUACAA